UUUUUUUGGCUGCGGGCACGUCUUGGAGAGAGUCUACGGCUAGAUUUCCAGACCACACUCAUUGUUCCUGCACUGGACGAAAGACCAGUUCCGGACAUGGAGACCCUCGUCAAGAAUGGCGAUGGCCAAUUGACGAUCCACAAUCUUCCACCUCCAGCGAAGACGAAGCGAGCACCGACAGGCACCUUGACCGCCGAAAACAGAGAAAAUCAAGUACGCCUCGCCGAAGCACGCAAGAAAUAUGGACGAGGCCGACCAGUGCGCCUGAACGAAGUCAAAGAUAAAAAGCUGCGCGCAAAUCUCCAACGCAUCGAGAACAAAUACCGUACCGCAGUCUUGAACGCAAAGGAUGCCGAGAUUCUCUACGAAAACCAGGAAGGAUUUCUGCAGCCCGAAUCCGAACUCGAAAAGACAUACAAAGUCCGGCAAGAUGAUAUUCUGGACGCAGUCGGUGUCCAGCAGGCGAACAAGUCGGUCGAUUUCAAACUCGACCUGGGACCUUAUGUGUCGGACUACACACGAAAUGGACGUAGUCUGCUGCUUGCCGGGCGUAAAGGGCACAUCGCGACCUGCGAAUGGCGAGAUGGAAAGCCAGGUUGCGAAAUGCAUUUGAACGAGACGGUACGGGACGCCAAAUGGCUACACAACGACCAGUAUUUUGCCGUGGCGCAGAAGAAAUACACAUACAUCUACGACCAUGCUGGAGUAGAAAUUCACUGCUUGAAAAAGUACGUCGAGACCACACACCUCGAGUUCCUGCCCUACCAUUUCCUCCUCGCCGGCAUCGAAAACAGUGGAUAUCUGCGUUACACAGACACAUCGACUGGCCAGAUUGUUGCGGAACACCCAACGAGAAAAGGUGCGCCCACGGCACUUGCUCAGAAUCCAUACAAUGCGAUAUUGCACGUUGGGCACCAGAACGGCACGGUGUCCUUGUGGUCGCCGAACUCGACGACACCGCUGGUCAAAAUGCAGUCCAAUGCAGGUCCCGUGCGGUCAAUUGCGAUAGACCGGUCAGGCCACUACAUGCUCUGCGGCGGACAAGACCUCCGCCUGAAACUCUGGGACUUACGAGCGAUGAAAGAACUUCACACGUACAAGACACGCCAACCAGCGUCGUCGAUCGACAUAUCGGACCGCGGACUGGCGGCGAUCGGCAAUGGGACUGGCGUGACGAUAUGGAAGGAUCUAUUCACGGGCUUGACGUCUUCUGAUCCCUCGAAAGUGCGCUCGCCGUAUCUGAACUGGGGCAACGACGGUUUGAGAGUUGAGCGAGUACAAUUCUGCCCGUUCGAGGACGUCCUCGGAAUCUCGCACGCCCAGGGCUUCAGCAGUAUCAUUGUUCCCGGCGCAGGCGAGGCCAACUACGAUGCGCUGGAGGUCAAUCCUUACGAGACACGCAAGCAACGCCAGGAGACUGAGGUCAAGAGCCUGCUUACCAAAUUGCAGCCGGAGACGAUUGCCUUGGAUCCGAGUUUCAUUGGGACGUUGGAUGCGCGGAGCGCGGAGCAGCGAAGACGGGAGAAGGAUUUGGAUGCUCCGCCUCUGGAUCCAUUGUCUAAGUUAAAGGAUCGGAAUCGGAUGAGGGGGAAGAAUAGUGCGCUUAGACGGCAUUUGAGGAAGAAGGGUGGGAAGAAUAUCAUUGAUGAGAAGAGGUUGAGGCUGGAAGAGAUGAAGAAGGAGAGGGCGCAGAGGGUGGAUGAGAGGGUGAAGAAGGAUAAGGUUGAGUUGGGGCCUGCGUUGGCCAGGUUUGCAAGGAGAGGGUCGAGGGUGACUGGCCCGUACAGGCAGACAAGUCUUCUCUCUGCAUGAUGUUGAUGGUUCUGGUGGUAUACGUCUUAGGAUACCAUCCGGUCUUGCGGUAUAGAGCCUCGGAGUGGUCGCAUGACAGUAUAAG